UUUCCAUUUUCCCCUCCACUCUGGGCCGUACAUAGCAGUCUGCUCAUUCCCAAGGCGACCGUAAGCUCUGGGUACUGUGGCCGACGCGACGCAACCGGAAGAGGCGGGGCUGCCAAGGCCCGGGCGCUCCGUGCGCCUGCGUAAAGCGUUUCCGUGGGCCCUAAGUCGCGAGUGCACGUGGAUUGCUGCGACUCUCAUCUAGGACCUCUUCCCAGCUUCACGUCGCUUUCGGUGCCAUGGGGCGCAAAUUGGACCCUACGAAGGAGAAGCGCGGGCCAGGCCGAAAGGCCCGGAAACAGAAGGGUGCGGAGACUGAACUCAUUAGAUUUCUGCCUGCAGUAGGUGAUGAAAAUUCGAAAAGGCUAUCUAGUCGGGCUCGAAAAAGGGCAGCCAAGAGGAGAUUGGGUUCUGCUGAAGCCCCUAAGACAUAUAAGUCAUCUGGGACCAAACCUUUGUCUGAAAAACUACCAAAAGAGAUCUCUACAGGAGCCAGCCAUACACCUGCUAAGAAGGGAGCCCAGUCCUUGUUUAAUGCUACUCGAGGCAAGAAGCGUCCAGCAUCAACCCAUAGCAGUGAUGAGGAAGAAGAGGAGGAAGACUCUGAAGAGGAUGGUGUGGUGAACCAGGAGGCCCUCUGGGGCUCUGAGGACAGUGAUGCUGAUAUGGUAGAUGACUAUGGAGCUGACUCCGACUCCCAAGAUGAGGAUGAAGGUGAAGAGUUGCUGCCUAUUGAAAGAGCUGCUCAGAAGCAGAAGGCCCAGGAAGCUAGGGUCCAGUGGAGUGAUGAGACAGAGGAGGAAGAAGAAGGAUCACCUGAGUCAGGCAGCACAAAGGAGGAGGAGACAGAUGGGGGCCUGAAGAUCAAUGUGGAUGAUGAGGAGCCAUCUCUGCUGCCCCCUGCUGGGGAGAUGGAGCAUGAUGCCCAGGCUCUAGACCUGCAACGAGUUCACAAGCGGAUCCAGGAUAUAGUGGGAGUUCUGCGUGAUUUUGGGACCCAGCGGGAGGAAGGUCGGUCUCGUUCUGAAUAUCUGAAUCGGCUGAAGAAAGAUCUGGCAACUUACUACUCAUAUGGAGAUUUCCUGCUUAGCAAGCUCAUGGACCUCUUCCCUUUAUCUGAGCUGGUGGAGUUUCUAGAAGCUAAUGAGGUACCUCGGCCAAUCACCCUCCGAACCAAUACCUUGAAAACCCGACGCCGAGACCUUGCUCAGGCACUAAUCAAUCGUGGAGUUAACCUGGAUCCUCUGGGCAAGUGGUCAAAGACUGGAUUAGUGAUAUAUGAUUCUUCAGUGCCUAUUGGUGCUACCCCUGAGUACCUGGCUGGGCACUACAUGCUGCAGGGAGCCUCCAGCAUGUUGCCAGUCAUGGCCUUGGCACCCCAAGAACAUGAGCGGAUACUGGACAUGUGUUGUGCUCCUGGAGGAAAGACCAGCUAUAUAGCCCAGCUGAUGAAGAACACAGGUGUGAUCCUGGCCAAUGAUGCCAAUGCUGAGCGUCUCAAGAGUGUUGUGGGCAACUUGCACCGGCUGGGAGUCACCAACACCAUUAUCAGCCACUACGAUGGGCGCCAGUUCCCCAAGGUGGUGGGGGGCUUUGACCGAGUGCUGUUGGAUGCUCCCUGCAGUGGCACUGGGGUCAUCUCCAAGGACCCAUCUGUGAAGACUAACAAGGAUGAGAAAGAUAUCUUGCGCUGUGCUCACCUUCAGAAGGAGUUGCUCCUGAGUGCUAUCGACUCUGUCAAUGCCACCUCCAAGACAGGAGGCUACAUUGUCUACUGCACCUGUUCUAUCAUGGUAGAAGAGAAUGAGUGGGUGGUAGACUAUGCACUGAAAAAGAGGAAUGUGCGGCUGGUGCCCACAGGUCUAGACUUUGGUCAAGAAGGUUUUACCCGCUUUCGAGAAAGACGCUUCCACCCCUCUCUUCGUUCCACUCGUCGCUUCUACCCUCAUACCCACAAUAUGGAUGGUUUCUUUAUUGCCAAGUUCAAGAAAUUCUCAAAUUUUAUACCCCAGUCCCAAAUAGGAAAUUCUGAAACAGCGGGUACUACAAACCUAGACUUGCCUGAUUUGAAGGGUCAGGUCACCCCCAACAAUGAGAACCACCAGCCAGUGAAGAAGGCUAAAGGGUCUGCAAAGGCAAAGCAGCAGUUGCAGAAACAGCAGCAUCCCCAGAAGGCCUUCAAGAAGCUGAAUAGCAUCUCCAAAGGGGCAGACUCAGAAUUGUCUACUGUACCUGCUGUCACAAAGGGCCAAGCUUCCUCUAAGUUCCGGGGUACCAGUCAGCCAGCUGAAAAAGCUGAAGUGAUCAGGGAACCAAAGGUGACUGUGAAGAUAAGGCAACAAUCACCUCAAUUGCAGUCCUCCAAGAAAGGUGCAUUUCUGAAGCAGAAUGCCCCUCUCAAGAGCAUGGACACAGAAAUGUCUACUGUGCUAUCCCUGUCCAAGACCCAGGCCACCUCCAAACCUAAGGACCAUCAUCAGCCCCUUGGGAAAGCCAAAGGGCCUAAGAGAGUAAAGCAGCAGUUGUCAGAACAGCCUUUCAAGAAGGCUGCCUUCCAUAAACAGAAUGGCACCCCCAAAGAACCUCAGAUUUCCAUGGUGUCUCCCCUGGGUUCCAACAGACCCCCACCAGCAAAAAGGAGGAAAUCUCAAUCCAAGGACAACAGCCAGUCAUUGCAAUCUCAGAUGGAUAGUUGAAAACUAGACUAAGGUGGCUUAUUGCUAUUGUCCCUGGGUUGGAACUCUUACCUCUGUGAGGAUGGCUUCCCCACUGUGCAUACACAUGAAAUGUAAUAAUAUGUUUUAC